AAAAUGAGGAAUAAAAGGCAUCAGAUCAUCCACCAAACUACUGAGCCAUUAGAUGCUUUAUGUACAAAUAAAGACAGAUCUAGAAUUGCAAUUACUGGAAGGACAGUUGUAAAAGUUUUUUCUUCGUGUGAUGGAAAGUUUGAAUUAAUUGCUGAAAGAAACAAACCGAGAAAGACUAUGUACUUUUCGGGCAGCAUUGCUUGGUGUCCUUUAAGGGAAAAUUUGAUUGCUGUUACUUCUUCCGUUGGAGCGAUUUAUCUUUGGGACCCAGAAACCACUCAUAACAUUCAAUUCUGCAUGGAAAGCAAACUGCAGGAUACAUUUGUUACUGCUGGGGACAGUGGUACAAUUCGCUUUUGGGAUGCACGUCGACCAGAUAAACCUUCAAAUAUAGCGUUAAAUCCACAAAUCCAAUCUAAAAAUCUCAUUGCUACAGCUGGCCGUGAUAAAUAUAUUCGUAUUUGGGAUUGGUCUAAAAGUAUGCCGCAGUUUCUUUAUACUGUGGAAAUGAUGGCAAUUGUAACUCGUGUUUCUUGGUGUCCGGACAACUCUUGGCAUGUAGCUUGUUGUUUUGCACCGCCAAGUGGUUUUGUUUCCUCAGACAAUACUAUUUAUGUUUGGGAUAUUCGUCGACCAUUUAUUCCUUUUGCAUCCUUUGAUGCACAUACAAAAACAUGCACUGAUAUGUCAUGGCCAAAAUAUGGAACAGGUGGAACAUUUCUUUCAUGUGGAAAGGAUGGCAAAUUAAUCAUUAACUUCACGAAUGCGCCACUUAGACCGUUUAUUUAUGCAAAUAAUGUUGCACUAGAUACAAACACUUCAUCAACUGAUGAAUUCAUUGUCGCUGUCCCAUCUUCUCGUCGAAAAGGCAGUCCUUUGCUUAUGGAUCACUUUGAUUCUUUUCGUCGUCGGUCCCCAAGCAUGAUUUUCUCUAUAUCACCAUCUGAUCCUCUUCUAAUGCCUGUCAAAGCUCUGUCCUAUUUUGCUUCAAAGGACAGUUUAGCAUACACUUGGAGGGUGACCGGUUUAUUGGCCUUACAAGGGGAUAUUGGAACAACGUUGUCUCAUUACACUAAUCGGCAUGCUCAUUUAGUAUCCUCUUUUGAUAAUGGCCAAAAUGGAUCAUUUGAACGUCUACCAGUUGAUCAUUUUACUCCAAAUUCGAACAAAGCAUUUUUUGAAUAUAAUACUAAAAAAGAACAGCCAAAACAAGCAAUGGAAUGCCUAUCAAAUGUUCACGAAUCUGAAGCUUCAAUGCCUCCAAUUCCCGGAUCACUGCCAUCUCAUAAUGAAUUAAAUACGAAUGAUUUACUUUUUGGAGAUUUGAAUUUUGGAAGUGUUACAGAUGAUGAAGAGUCACAUUCAAUUAAUUGGAGAUCUAUUGCCACUUCUACUUUCAUUAAUUGCUCACAACUUAAUGAGGAAGUUUUCGAUAUGGGAAGGAGAAAAUACAACAAAAAUCAGCUCCUCAAUUUUUUUGGUGAUUAUCGUCCACAUCAUCAUCAUUUUCACCGUUCUUCAACACGAAAAAAUCGCCUUCCUUCUCGUAUAGCCGAAGAUCUUGAAUUAGCUUUAUCCUCUAUGAAUUUGAUAGAAAGAGAAGAAAUUAAUAAUCGGAGAUUAUUUGAAAAAACAAAGGAAGAAAAUGAGGAGAAAGAUGAUGAUGGGUUAAUUGUUGCAAGUAUGAGUACAUUGUCAAAUUCAUCGGAUAAUGACAUUGGACAAUCAGCAUCUGUUGAAGGAGACAGAGAUUUUAUUGAAAAUGUAAAGGAUAUAUCGACAAAAACUGCUGUUUCUGAUAGUGAAGGAGCUGAUUCACAAUUUCAAAUUGAAUUAGAAACGAGCUUUUCAUGUUUAUCACAAUGUACACAUAAACAAUGUUCUUCCUUUCAAUUUGACAUAUUGCCUUCACUUAAAUCUUUGCUUGAAUUCUUUUCAGAUUUAGGUGAUGUUCAAAUGUGUGCAACGAUUUGUAUGGUUUUUGGACAGAAAAUUGUUGAUUAUAAAUUAGUUACUCCAAGUCAAAUUCUCGAAAGGCUAAGUUUGUGGCGUGUGUCAGCAUUUUUCGUCAAAAAGUGUUACCGUGCGAGAAUUAACCAAUUAAGCAAUGAAAGUACAUUUGUCAAAAUUUGGUGUCCCCAUUGUCGGAGUACAUCAACACGUGCAAGUAUGCGAUGUUUGAAAUGCAGGCAUUUCUACAACUAUACUUGUACUAUUUGUGAGACAAACGUUCGUGGUAUUUGGUCGAGCUGUGCAGAAUGUGGUCAUGGGGGUCAUUUGCUUCACAUGGAAGAGUGGUUUAGCCAGUCAGAAUUUUGUCCUGUUGUGGGGUGCGGGCAUGUUUGUACAAAAACAAUAAAAGAAAGGAAUAAAUAA